AUGAAGUACGUGCUAGUAUCUGGAGGUGUCAUUUCGGGCGUGGGCAAGGGCAUCAUUGCCUCGAGCACUGGCCUCCUGCUCAAGAGCAUGGGGUACACCGUCACCAUGCUCAAGAUUGACCCGUACCUCAACAUUGACGCCGGAACCAUGAACCCCGUUGAGCACGGCGAGGUGUACGUGCUCGAUGAUGGCGGUGAGGUCGACCUGGACCUGGGCAACUACGAGCGAUACCUGCUAUCGACACUCACCAGGGAGAACAACAUCACGACGGGAAAGAUCUACCAAAAGGUCAUUGAGAGUGAGCGUCGCGGUGACUAUCUCGGCAAGACGGUCCAGGUCGUCCCUCACGUCACCAACGCCAUCCAAGAGUGGGUUGAGCGUGUCGCCCGCAUCCCUGUCGACAAGUCGCAGGCGCAACCCGACGUCUGUGUCAUCGAGCUGGGCGGUACCGUCGGCGACAUUGAGAGUGCGCCGUUCGUUCACGCCAUGAGCCAGCUGCAGAGGCGGGCCGGCAAGGGCAAUUUUCUACAGAUUCACGUUUCCUAUGUUCCCGUCAUCCCUCCCGGGCCCAAGGGCGAGCAGAAGACGAAGCCGACGCAGAGGGCCGUGAGCGACGUUCGUAGUGCGGGUCUACACCCGGACCUGAUUGCGUGCCGAUGCGAGCGCCCGCUGGAGCCGGCAAUCAUCGACAAGGUGGCCAACAUGUGCCAGGUGGAGAACAAGCAGGUGAUUGCGGUGCACGACGUGUCGACGACAUACCACGUCCCCCUCCUGCUAGAGCAGCAGGGCAUGGCCAAGACGGUGGCGGACCUUCUCCAGCUCGAGGGGCUUCCCACGUCGGUCGAGCUCCGUAGCAAAGGCCAGUCGAUGUGGAAGGAGUGGGUGGGCCUCGCGACGGGCCAGGACUUCAUCUCGGAGACGGUGACGAUCGCCCUGGUCGGCAAGUACACGACGCAGCCGGACGCGUACAUAAGUGUGCAGAAGUCGCUGGAGCACGCGGCACUGCACUGCAAGAAGAAGCUCAACGUCAUCUGGGUGGAGUCUGGCAACCUGGAGGACUCGACGCAGCAGGAGGACCCGGCCGAGUUCCACAAGGCGUGGCACGCCGUGUGCACGGCCGACGGCAUCCUGGUCCCCGGCGGAUUUGGGCUGCGCGGCACCGAGGGCAUGAUCAAGGCCAUCACGUGGGCGCGCACCAAGAAGGUGCCCUUCCUGGGCGUCUGCCUGGGCAUGCAGCUCGCCGUGGUCGAGUACGCGCGCAACGUGUGCGGCCUGUCGGGCGCGGGCAGCGAGGAGCUGCAGCCGCAGUGCGAGGACCUGGUCAUCAUCUACAUGCCCGAGGUGGACAAGGGCAAGCUCGGCGGCACCAUGCGGCUGGGCAAGCACCCGUCCGUCUUCCAGCCGGGGACCGAGUGGUCCAAGCUGCGCAAGCUGUACGGGUCGGCGUCGGAGAUUUACGAGCGCCACCGUCACCGCUACGAGGUCAACCCGGCGCUCAUCGGCCGGCUGGAGGAGGGCGGCCUCAACUUUGUCGGAAAGGACAGCAAGGGCGAGCGCAUGGAGAUUAUCGAGAUCGAAGACCACCCUUGGUUCGUCGGUGUCCAGUUCCACCCCGAAUACCUCAGCCGCGUGCUCGACCCGAGCAGGACUUACCUCGGCUUCUUUGCCGCUGCUGCCAAGUGCCUUGACAAGAUUACCGAGUACAGCGCUACUCUGAACUAA